GUGAGGAUGGCUUGAUGGAAUGUUCUGGAAAGCCUUUCAGCUGUAGGAAACUAGAGAGAAGACAGAAUCUUGAAGACGGAGCCAAACUAAAACCAACUUCAGGAGUCACUACAGUCAGUAGUGUCAGUGCAGGAUCCAGGCAGAGAUAACGCAGUGGGAUAACAGACUCCUGUGGACCCCCAGGCUUUUGGCUACAAGUGGUGUCAUAUCAGCUAAAUCAGACUGAGAAAUAAUCUGUUUUAUUUUUAAGUGAAACAGAGGCUUGAUCAGACUCCACUGACAGCAACACUUCAACCUAACUGGUCAAAUGGCAGAGGAAUACGAACAGGCAGAAUUUAUCAAAGAUCGGCUGUACUUUGCUACUCUUCGUGUCAAACCAAAGAACACUGCAAACACACACUUCUUCAGCACUGAUGAGGAGUUCAUCUAUGAAAGUUUCUAUGCAGACUUUGGGCCGCUGAAUCUCGCAAUGCUCUACAAAUACUGCUGCAAACUCAACAAGAAGCUCAAGUCCUUCACAAUGUCUAGAAAGAAACUGGUUCAUUUCACCAGCUAUGACCAAAAGAAGAGAGCCAACGCUGCAUUUCUCAUUGCUGCCUACUCUGUUAUCUAUUUGAAAAGGAGUCCAGAUGAAGCCUACAGGACUCUGAUCUCAGGAAAUAACACUCCCUACCUGCCAUUCAGGGAUGCAGCAGAGGCAGAGAGCACCUUCAGCCUCACUGUCCUGGACUGUUUACAGGGAAUACAUAAGGCAUUGCAGCACAGCUUCCUGGAUUUUGAAACUUUUAGUCCUGAGGAAUAUGAACAUUACGAGCGAGUUGAAAAUGGAGACAUGAACUGGAUUAUCCCAGGAAAGAUUCUGGCUUUCAGCAGCCCUCAUGCUCGAAACAGCGUGGAGAACGGUUAUCCUCUCCAUGCACCUGAGGCGUACUUUGAAUUCUUCGGCCAAAACAACGUGACUGAUGUGGUCCGCCUGAACAAGAAGAUGUAUGAGAGUCGACGGUUUGAGGACGCAGGUUUUGAACACCAUGAUUUCUUCUUUAUGGAUGGCUCAACACCCUCUGACCUGAUCGUUAGACGUUUCCUGCAUGUGUGUGAGAGCGCAGAGGGAGCUGUAGCCGUGCAUUGUAAAGCUGGUUUGGGCCGUACAGGCACCCUGAUUGCCUGCUAUCUGAUGAAGCACUUCAGGUUGACAGCAGCUGAGGCCAUUGCUUGGAUCAGGAUCUGCCGACCCGGAUCAAUCAUUGGUCCCCAGCAGAACUUCUUAGAAGAGAAACAGCACAGCUUGUGGGUUCAGGGAGACGUGCAUCGCUCCAAACAGAAGCUUGCUCAGCAGAGGUUCAAUCGACAGCAGCAACAGUAUCAUCUGCCUGGUUCUGACCCGGUACCACCGGGCAAACGAGAAGCAAUGCCUCAUCUGGUUACAAGCAUGAAUGAUCUGUCAAUCAAAACCACUCUGUGCAAAUCUUACAGUUUGGAUGAAAGCAAUUGUAAGGAAACCAGUCUGACCCAGGGAGACAAUCUGAGAGCAGUGAAGGGAAAACGAACACCAAGAUCAGCUUCCUCCUCUUCCAGGUCAAACACAUCAAAGGUGUCCCACUGUUCCAUCCUCACCCCCCCCAAGUCACCUAAAAUCAGCCUUUCUCUUCCUCCAUCUUCUUCUAAGAAGCUUAGAAGAAGCUCUUCCACUGUCACACAGAUCAAGAGUCCUUUCAGCCUUAGUCUAUUCAGCACCAGGCCUGCAUUGAUUCACUGAACUCAGCUGGGAGUACAAGGUUACGGAUCUGACAGUAAGCAGAUCGCAAAACUGGAUCAGCCAGAGUCUUGGAAAGCAUUAAACAUUGUGUUCAUGAAGCCGUUGAACUGUGCUUCAUUGAUUUGAGCUUUAUUGAUUUGUGAGAACAUUUGAUGAACAAAUCAGUUGUUAAGAAUGAUAUUUUUUCUGUAUUACCCAUGAGCAACCGUUAGCGGUUGUCUGUGACGCAGACAGGGGUUGUCUGAACAUUAACCUAGCAACAUGUUGCUUUCUCUGACCUUUGAACUCUUGAUGUUGACAACAGACCUUUUAGAGAUGACCUAAGAGAAGUUUUCAAGUGUGGCACAAAUAACAUGUUUUGUGGUACAAACAGAAUACCUUGAAGACUCUGCUCGGUAUGGUGAUGUCAUUCAUCCUGACUUUCACUACACCCAUCACCACCAUCUGCAAGAGGCAAACCAACUGAAUAUUAUCACAAUACUGUCACCUGCUGGACAAAUGCAAUGAUUGAUGUUCUGCUGGGAACCUUUUGCUUCUGUUAGGCUUAUUUUUGAUGGUGAUUUUUUUUGAAGUAGGGUCAUGCAAAAAGACUUGUUAGAAUGUCUCAUUGAGCAGACAGUGGAGAAAAUAGCAAACGUAACAAUUCCAACAAUAUAGACAGUUUUUUUUGUUAAACAUUAAUUGGAAUUUAUUGUGGCAACAAUAAAUCAAAAUUUGAAAUUUAUCACAAUAAAUAUGAUACAACAAUACAAUAAAUGCCCUCCCCUAACUGGAAGUAAAUCUAGUAUUUAAAAUUUAAAAACAUAAGGAGAAAAUAACUCAGUGUUAUAUCCUGUACUGUGAUGACCAAUUUAGACCUUUUCUUUCUCAUGUUAAAAUUAACAGGCUUAGAGUAUAAUAAUAAAUUCAUGUGCAUUUGCCUUCAAUGUUAAAAAACAACAACUAGACAAUCAAAGAUAUGAAGAAACAGAAAACAACCAAGAUGCACUUUAUGGUUUGAGGCCUCAUAUAAAUGAAGCAUGUUUGUUCAGAAUAUGCAAUGUGCUGCCUUGUAAAUUAAGAUGGACCGGAAAAGUUUUGAAAACCGCACUAGAACGCCACAUGGUGGAUAAUUUAUGUUGUUUGGUGACGGUAAAAAAGGAAACUAGAUCCAAGACAGUGGAAUGUAACACUGAACAGUUCAUGGAAUUAAGCUGAUUAUUAUCUUUAUAUGUGGUAUUUCAGACAAGAUUUGUUCUUUACAAUGGGCAAAGUGAGAUCUUUGCCUGGGCUGACGACAGGCAGAGAACCCAUGAAGGUUCUCAACUCAUGCCUUUUCUGUUGUCAUGACAACAUUCCUGAAAGUCGGUUUGGACGGCAUAAAUUUUAUGUAGGAGUCAAGAUACCAAUACUUUCUAUCAUCAUAAACAUUUUUGGCAGAUUUUUUAUCCCAAAACAUUUUUAAGUAUUUGCUGAGUUCAAGUUCUGGUUGUUUUUUAUGUUUUGUUUUUUUUGUUGUUUUUUUUUGCUAAUCUAUAAUCUUGUUUUGCAAAUAAUAUUUUUUAUUUCAGAAUUGUUACGAUGAUAGUGAGCUUGGUCAGAGGUCUUUGAUGGAGUUUACAGAAUCGUAAACAGCUGGAUGAGAAGGCUUAACUACGGUGCUAUCCACUUCCUAAUAUUUUAAGAAGGGAAAAAAUGAGGAAUGGAGGAGGAGUGGACUAUUGCAUCAGGUAGUCAGCGCACGCAUCACUUUGUACUUCUGCAGCUUUAGAGCCCUGUGAGGAGUUAGCAAGGUAAAGAAACACUAUUCUCAUAUUGGGGUGGAAAGCUCAAAACGGAACUGGUUUCAAAGCCGAACGCAACUGCAGCAGUGUGGGAGUAUUUCGGUUUCAAAUCAAAUGACCGAGGCAAACCGCUGAAUCUUUGCAAGCCGGUAUGUCGCAUUUGUCACUAAACAGUAGCAAUUAAGAGCAGCAAUACAACCAAAAGGACACGUGCACCUAAAGGACAAAGUUUUUAAGGCUGGGGACAAAAAGUACAACAGGUGGCCCAUCUCCGUCUUCAAGUUUGCGACAGUCCACCAUCGUUGAAGCAAUUAAUCGACAGAGUACAAAAAGGAGGGCGCAAAGUGGUGUGCACUCACAGACAGCGUAGUUCGCUUAAUUGCUAAAGAGAUGCUCCCAUUUAAUAUUGUUGAAAAGCCGGCAUUUCGAAAAAUGUAGCAAACAUUUGAUCCCAUAUCCCUGGAAAAAAAUACAUAUCACAAACGGCAAUUCCACAACUGUACAGCAGUAUUAAAGAGGACAUACUGAAGGAGAUAAAUGACAUUUCAUUUUACUCUGCUAUGUUGGAUAUGUGGUCAAGUUCAUAUAUGACCCCUGAUAUGAGCCUGACCAUUCACUAUAUAGCUGCUAACUGGACCUUGCACUCUAAAUGUUUAGAGACCAGAUAUGUCCCAGAUAACCAUACUGCUGACACCCUGGGAGAAAACCUGAAAUCUGCUUGGGAUUGGAACAGACAACUUGAUUUAAAUCUAAUGAUAUACAGACUUCAUAAUCUGUACUCUUUUGGUUGAAUGUAGUUUUUAUUUCUACUGUGGUUUUAUAUUGUGUUUAGUUUUUAUUCAAGUGCAUUUUUUGUUAACCGAGACCGAGUUCAUUUUAUUUUUAUUUAUGGUUGUUUUAUUUUGUUAACCAGUUCCAGUGUUAAGUGUUCUUUUGAAAAUAAAGUAUAUUUAUAUUUGGCAGGAAA